AUGAUCACCUCGUGGUCACUGCUGAAACCAGAAAUACGAGUAAGGAAGGAAAUCUCUCCGCUUAUAUGCGUGUCACGUACCCCGCAGUUCAUCAUUUCCAGCACUUGGUUGCAAUCCCAGGACGACGAUGGACAGGUCAUGGCACUUGCGAGACCGCUGCCUUCGCCCUCUAUCCCGCCUCCCAACACUGGUCUUAGUCAUACUUUUAUGAAUCUUCCUUUCUUCGCAAAAAGUCUCUCGUCACCGUCGCUCACCAUCUUGGAUAGCAGUCCAAAGAUGGAGGCGCGCAAAGGAUUGGACGUCGGAAUGGCCGUAGUUAUACGUAGUAACGAGAUGGUGGUUGGAGAUCAACGUUAG